AUGAAUCGUUGCUUCGUCCUUUCCUCUUUCGUAUCGCUUCUGUUGAUCUCGACGUCGGCUUGGCCGUUCAGACGCCGAGACGUUCUUGAUAAUUCGGUGGACAGUCCUGACGGUGUGAUUGGUCAUCUGCAGCAUUUCGGCGCUAUGCUGUAUCGGUUUCCUGAUAAUGAAACUGGGGCGAUCGUGGCGGGAUGGCACGAGGGCUGGGACCGCAAUCCGGAAGAGUUGGGCAACUACGCGGAGGGUGACAUCUUGUUUCCGCCUCAACUCGCGAAGAACGGGCUGAAAGCGGAAUCUGCACGAUGGCCAGGCGGCGUGGUCCCGUAUAUGAUUAGCCCUUAUUUUAAUACCGAGCAGAAGAAUCUAAUUUACGAAGCCAUGAACGAUUAUCACAAAUACACGUGCAUUAAGUUUAAACCGUAUACCGGCGAGGAGAGUGAUUAUAUCAGAAUCACGGCUGGCAAUAGCGGUUGUUGGAGCAGCGUGGGAAGAAUUGGUGGAAAACAGGACGUGAAUCUUCAGGUUCCAGGGUGUUUGGUGAAAAAGGGCACAGUGAUACACGAACUGAUGCACGCCGUUGGUUUUCUGCACGAACAGAGCAGAUUCGAGCGGGAUGAGUACGUCACGAUUCAGUGGAAUAACAUUUUGAACGGCCAUUCUGGAAAUUUUGAGAAAGCCUCGAAACAGACCACGGACGCGUUUGGUGUCGGAUACGAUUAUGGCAGCGUAAUGCAUUACUCCGCGAACGCGUUUUCCAAGAACGGACGGCCCACUAUUGUGACAAAAGAACCCGGUGGCCUUCUAAGUUUUAUCGGCGAAAUAUUCCAGGGUGCGUCGGGUGUUCAACUGGGUCAGAGAGACGGAUUCAGUAAGAGGGAUAUACAGAAAAUCCGGAAGAUGUACAAAUGCACGAAGCGCCGACGAAGCAGCUAUUGA